GAGACCUCGCUCGGGAGAGGACGUCGCGUUUACGACAGGCAAAAUCAGUGUAUCGAAUGAUGAUAUUUAUUUAGAACAUCGCGCUGCCGUUUGUCGUCUAAAAAGAGAAAUAACCAACAAAACAUUUCUGACAAGAAUUAGCUGCAAUUAGCUAGGAUUGUUCGUGGACCUCUAUUACUUACAUGGUGCUGCUGUUACUGGAUAGCAGAAAAGCGUUUGACGGCUGUGUUUGGCGGGCGAGUGUCGUGAUUGGAGGGGAACGUUUGUCUGGCUCGACAAAACUAUGAAUUCUUCUUUUUCGUAUUUUAUUUUUCUAGAGUGUGGUAUACGACAAUCCAAUUGCGAGGUCGGACGAACGAGGCUGACAAGCUAGAUGCAGCGGAUUGACAUUGUCGUCGUCGUCGUCGUCGUGAACUCGAUUCAGAGAGCUGUUCAGUUUGUGUUGACUGAUGUGAGGGUUAAGAGCAAGAGCCGUGGGGUUCUUUGACUAUCGGGUGCUGGCUGCCGCCUUGCUGGCUAGCUGGCUGGCUAGCUGGCGAUCGUCACAAUCACCGCAGAGGGCAGUAAUGAAAUCAGAGGAGAUAUACGGGUCGUCCGCUCUCUCGUAAUUUUUUUGUGUUGGCUCAACGUGACAACACUUAGGGAAACCGAUUCGCUCUUUGAUGUAUAGGAUGAUGCGGAGUGACGAUAGCAAUAGUACGUUGUUGCUGCUCGACGACGAUGAGGACGGCGGCGAGACUCCGAGCUCUGGCAAUGGUAGUCCACGUCCAUCCCCGUACUAUUAUGGAAAGCUACCUUUGUUUUUAGAGCACGGCAACAAUAUCAGCGGCGGGUGAUUGUGAGAGAUUUAGGUAGCUGGAAGGCCUGACGCUCACUCGUUUGAGUAAAAUCUACUAGCGUACAUUUGGUAGUGCCUUUCGAGCGACCGUGCAGGUGACGGCGCGCCACAAAAGUGGCAGCUGAAUCAACGUCGGCGAGAACGACGGUGCAGACGGCGACGAAGCUGAAGGAGGUGAAGAUGGAGUUUGAUCUGGCGCUUCAGGGCGCUGGUUCGUUCGGGCUGUAUCAGAAGCUUCUACUUGGCUUCCUGGUUUUGCCGGCGGGUAUGUUUUGCGCGUUUGUCUACUUCUGCCAAUAUUUUAUUAUUUUGGUGCCGCAUAAAUUUCAUUGCAAGUUACCUACGAAUCGGAGCCAAAUAGUGGCAUCGAAUUUGACGUACGAAGCGGCAAAACGAAUUUUCAUACCGGCUGACGAUCAGUGUCAUCUAUUUGAAUACGAGAAUGCAACAUCGGCGCUGUACAGCUUACAAGAGCCAUUACGAAAUGCGACCUGUAACGAAUACACGUUCGAGUUCAACGAGCUCUACCCGACAAUCGCGACGGAAAUGUUUCUCGUUUGUGAUCGUGGCAAGUAUAUUUACGUGAUUCAAACACUGUUCUACGUUGCUUUGUCUAUGGGUGCUAUUAUCUUCGGCAUCGUUUCCGACCGCUUUGGUCGGCGUUCUUCGAUCAUUUGCAGCUAUUGCUUAGCUGCCACUGCUGGCCUACUGUGCUCAAUGGUCGAUGUCAACAUCGUAUCGUUUACGCUGUUCCGUUUUCUUGUCGGACUCUGCCUGCUGCCGCUAUCUGAGGACCCGUACGUUCUCGCUCUCGAGUACAUCGGGGCAGAACACCGCACUUCGGCCAUCGUCUCUUGGGCAGUAUCAUACAUCCUGUCGUCAAUGGUCGUGCCCUGGGUAGCUAAAGGUUGUCAUAAUUGGCGUCUUUUUAAUGUUGUUAUGUCUGUCCCGCUUCUGUUGCCGGUCCUCCUUAUGAACUUCAUACCGGAAAGUGCGAGCUGGCUCCUAUCUAAGCACCGGGACGCCGAAGCGGUUGAUGAGCUGAUCACUGUAGGAAAAUGGAAUGGCAAAGAGGUGCCAACCGACCUCGAGCUGCGAGUUGAGGACGCCGAACAGUUCUAUAACGGCAAAGGAAUCACAUUACUUGAGUUAGUUGGCACACCGACGAUUCGAAAGCACACCCUUCUUCUGGCCGCUUCAUGGUUUCUCACCUAUCUUGUGUAUCACUCUGUGAUUUUUAGUACAUCAUUUAUCGGUACGGAUAUUUAUUUGUCGUAUACGUUAGGCGCCAUGGUCGAGCUGUUGGCUUUGGUGUUCGUCAUGUUUUCGGUGGACGCAGUUGGGCGAAAAUUGCCUAUGAUGGUGUCCACAACAAUGACGGUAAUUACAAGCCUAUGCGGUUUAUUCUUUUUGCAUACGUCACCGGAAGUCGAAGAAGUGUAUGCUCGUGCAAGAUUAGCCCUGCUACUCCUGAUGCGGGUAGCGAUAACGACCCACUAUGAUAUCAUGCUACAAUAUGGUGCCGAAGUCUACCCGACAAUUCUGCGAGGUCGUGGACUAGCCGUCUUGCGGUUUGCGGGGACCCUCUCGUUGUACAUAUCACCGACGCUCGUCUACACUGCCCAGGUUAACAUGGUGUACCCCAUCAUCAUCUGUGGACUACUUAGCGCUGUUCUGGUCAUCCUGACUUUAUUUUUAUGCGAGACCCGGGGCUUGCCGUUGCCGCAGACGAUCGAGGCCGCCGAACAACUCGGCAAGGGCGAGCCAUUACUGGGGUUCAUGUGUGCCUGCCUCGAAAGAGUAAAAGGUAGGGCCACUGAAGACGAACCUGAUCAGGGUGAGGGAGAGGUCGGCGAAACAAGGCGCAAUGGCACAGUCUCGAGUGAUGGACGAACAUCUGAAGAAGACGACAAGUGCUAAUGAUUACAAUAACAUGCGCCUAACAUCUAUUUAUCUAUCAUCAGUUUAUCACCUGCAACGUUUCUGUGCGAGUUCUUUAUGCAUCCUUUUACGGAUGUGUUCAUUACCUGUUUAUAUAUUUUAAUUUUUCAUACAUACAUGAACAUCAGAACGAAAACCGAAUCAAAGUUUAGAAUUUAUUCGGUACUUAUCUUGAUGUGACCACAACAACAAUCCGACAUCCAUGGGUAAACUUCUCUCAUUGUUUUCCGAAAAUUAACUUGACAAUAAUAUAAAUAAAGGGUAUGUUUAAAUGGAAAAAGAAGAUACCGGGAUACUGAAUGUUGAAUAAAGAAUGGCAAAAUAACUAACCAUCGAAAAGCUUCGUUGACGUGACUGUUAACCAAACUUGUUGACAGUUGAAAGUGAAUUGAUGUGCUCAUAAUUCGUUGAACACAUAUGAUACAGACAGACAGAAAAAAAUCAAUCUACGCUUAUUUGCGCCAGGGACAAGCAUCCACACACACGCUCAUUUUUCAGUUUGAGCGGCCCGUCAAUGACGAUGAUCUUUUGAAAUCGCGAACAAAUGGCGUAUGUAAUAUAUAUCACCUAGAUACAUAUAUGUAUUUUAUAGAUGAAGUGUUAUAUCGCUAUAUUAUUGCAUAAUUUUGUGCCUGAACGAACGGACCUUAUGAUAAGGUAAAUAGUGUGACGACGGCUCGAAUGAGUUGUUAAGUCGUACGAAGGAACGAGACAGACUGUCAAAGAGAGAGGCGAUAAAACAGAAAAUGAUUACUACUUCAUAAGCGGACGUGUUCAUCGAUGUAUAGCUAUUGGCUGUGUGUGUGUGUAGAUUGCAACCUAGUGAAAAGGCAUCUGCGCUAUGGCGUACGACAAUGGACCAAUGUUCAAAACCGCCAAUCCAAUUCGCUGAAUACUCCUUGUGCCUUUAUAUAUGCAAGAUUGUGACGAAGAUGAAGAGAUACAUUAAAAUCACGCAGCUAAAUUUGGCUAGAGUUGUUCGCGAUGCUUCUGAUUGAAAAGGACAACAUGUGCUACACAGCCUGUGUGGAUAAAGUACAGCAUGUAAUGGCGAUCCCGGCAUUGCAAUUUAAGAAACACUGGCCUUACCUUCUGUAAAACUAAACCCAAUAGGUCAAGAUGAAUUCCCUCUGUUGAUAGGCGAUUGGCCAUGUCCGAGUUUUAACGCUUCUGUCACGUUUAUUUAUAAUGCUUUUCUCACUGCCACAGUUGAGUAAUAAAGUCGACACCGACUCUGCGCAAUCAUCGGAACUUAAUGCAAUCGAGGACCUAUAUUCAACGAGCAGCUGAAA